AAAACCGGAAGUGCUUUUACUGCGAAGGUACACUGUGAAACUUGCUUCCGGUACUUAGUUCAGCUAAAAUGGCUCGUGUGUUGACGAAUAACCGAGCAGGUGUUUUCUGCGUUUGGUUAUUUGUAUUCAUCCAUUUAGUGAACUGCAAUAACGGUCGAAGGGUUAAUGAUGGUUUGGAAACUGAGUUCAAUGGGUUCUCUGUACCACUUGAACACUCGUUUGAAGUUGAUGAUGUAGCAAAAUUUCAGCUCCGUGGCUCGCUUGUGUUGAAAACUGGUCGCGAGCCAAGUGUCUCUUUAAAUCAGAACCAGCUCUCGGAGGAGGACAGAACCAAACUGAAGGAAGUGGCUGCAGUCGACGGUCUCUACAGAAUCCGAGUUCCUCGUGUGUUUCUGCAGGCGGACAAACAGACGGAAUGGCAGACAGACGGUCACCUCACAGCGUUCGUCAGAGCGUGUGCCAUGGUCGAGUCUCACCUGAGUGACGUGAUCACGCUUCACACCGACGUCUCCGGAUACCUCAUCGCCGUCUCCAUAGUGACCUUCCCCGGAGCCUGCAGGGGAACCGAGGUGGAGGACGAAGUGGAUCUGGAGGUUUUCAACACCACGCUCAGCAUCAUGGCUCCAGUCAAUGCGCCUGGACCGGAGACGGCUCUCUUCAUCCAGCGCAUGGAGCAGGAGUUUGAGAAGAAAGGCAAGAAUCCUCAGGAGCAGAAGUCCUUCUUUGCUAAAUAUUGGUAUUUGAUUCUGGGAGGAGCUAUCUUCCUCAUGGUCUCCAAUUCGGCCCAGCCCCCAGCAGGGGGCGGCAGAGAGCAGAGCUGAUUCCCACUGAAUGGAUGUACAUCGUUCCUCUGGUCCUCUUCCUGAUGAUGUCUGGCGCUCAGGAUCAGUCUGGAGGUGGAGGCGGCGGCGGGGGUAACGGCGGCGGCCGAUGAUCAACUUAUGUUUGCCUUUUUUUUUUCUUGAAUAUUCAAUGAACAGCAAAGCUCUUUGAUUUCUGUACGUGAUGUUAUCUAAGAGUCUGAAACAACCUGAACUAAACAGAGGUGAUGCAUCAACAUCUUCAUUUUUCAUACUAAUGUGAGAAUAAAAUAUUUAUUACACCAACAAA